CAAGAAUAUCCAGCAAAUGGAGUAAAAUUCUCCGUAAAGAAAGCUUAUCCGGGAUGGCUAGAUCAAGAAAAUUAUCCUGGAUUUAGCGGGGUAAGAAUACCCCCUGAUACAGCCAGGCAAGAAGAGUAUCCUGCUACUGUUGUCUUAGUAUUAAGAGGAAUAUUCUGGGCAGAAGAUGGUGCCCCGGCCAGCUGGAACCUUCA